UCUCCAACCACACCAAGUACCAUUGUUGAGUUUGUGGAUAUCAGGGGGAGUGUACAGUUAGCUCGAAAAACGAAUUUGACAUUCCCUACGGGCGACGAGGAGACGAGGCAACUAUACAGUCAGCGCAAUGUUGACUCCAGCCUUCACAAUCUCGCAGGACGAUGAGUUCGUCACCGUGGUCUUGAAGUGUCCGUAUGUCAAGGCACAAGAUGUCGAGUUCUAUAUCAGUGACACCGAGUUCAAGUUUUAUAUCAGCCCGUACUUCUUGCGGUUGAACCUCCCGGCGUCGGUAGUGGAGAACGGGCGUGAAACAGCAGCGUAUGAUGUUGACAAAGGCGAAGUCACUGUCAAAAUACCCAAAGCGACGCCCGGGGAGCACUUCCCAGACCUGGAUCUUCUGACGAAGUUAUUAGCGCCGAAGGGACCGUUGCCGCCUGGACUGGGAGAGGGGACGGGGAUAAGUGGUGGUCAAGCGGCGUCGGUCUCAACGAACGAUGCGCCGAGAUCGUUGAUUCAGGUGGUUGGGGAUAUACCUGCAAGUGAUCAGGAUGGGGAUGCGAUGGAUGAAGGGGAUGAAGAAGAUGGUCAGAACUAUCAUUGGGACUUGCCACAAACGUUGCCAAUAGAACCGGAACUGCGGAUCACAAAUCGCUAUGGCUUCAACAACGCGUACAGCGGGAUAGGGGAUCACAUCCGGGAGAUUGCCCAGGAAAUCAUACAGAUCAGCAAUGUGGACGAGUCCACCGCUCAGUCUCGAAGGGAGGAGCGUAUUGCGCAAGAGGAUCUGAAAUUCGAUGAAGAGCAUUACAUAGCAGACUAUCUCAAUAAGGACGAGAUCGACCCUCUGAUUCAAUUCAAACCGGAAUCAUGGAAAGUUCUGAAAAGGAUACAGACCCAACGACGACUCGCGGAGGCGGCCAAAGUCGAGACCGCCAAUGUCGGUUCAAUCCCUUCGAGUGAUCCGUCGUUGACCGAGAAGUGGCUCGCUUUCAGCGAGCAGGAGCAGGAACAAAUGCGGAACCUACCGAAUAAAGAAUAUCUGCUCGACGAUGAGCGCGCAGCAUAUUUGGGGUUGGUGGAUCUCGUCUUUGCAUACAGCUACAACCAUCGGACAACAGAGGGGGAGAACACGGUCGAGUCCCCGUGGACUAUCGCAAUCUUGAGCGCCACACUCUCGUCCUUCGAGACAUUUGGCACCCUCCGGGAAACCUUAAUAGCGUCCGUCCGCCGCUCUCUGGCGUUCCCACUGUACCGGUCCUUCGCGCUAGCCACGCGAUGCAUUGAGGACACGGCAGCGAUGUUCAAAUUGGGCAAACGGGCUCUGUUGAAAGCCGUUUUGCAGAUCCAAUCGUUGGUGGGCUCUGAUGACAGGAUGUAUAUCUUGCGAAAGAUAUGGAUCGAUGACUACGCCGUGUGGAUUCAGCAGGCGAGCGAGCGGAAGAUUCAGUCGUUGGCCAGCGAGCUGAAUCACAUUAGCCUUAAGAAAGACGAAAUAGGAUGGGAUCUCGAAAAGUUAGAGCAACUUGCAAACGAUAUGCCCCCCGAAGAUGCAGACCCUGAAGGGCCUCAAAUGAUGCUGUAAGCCGUCAAAAGCGCAUUCCAGCGAUCGCUGGAUUCUCAGGCGGCGCACCAAAUCCGGAACUUAUUCCACAAAACGAACAUCAUAUGUCCACUC